AUGAGUAAUGUUGCAACAGCAAAUGAUGCUUUUGCCAAACCAGUGAAAGUAAAUAAAUGGGACAGAAAUGCCCUAAAAAAUGCAUUAAAUGAUGCAUUUGAUAAAACUGGUCUUAAUUCCGGAUCACGAUGUAUAAUAAGUUCUAAAUUAAAAAAAUAUGAUGAUAAGUAUUAUUUAACUUUGAAAUAUAACGAAAGUACAAAUAAAUCAAUGGGUUCAUCAGGAGUAUUAAUUAGUUCUGUAGGCAGUUAUUUUGAUGAAAAAGGUGUUUUAUGUUAUGAUCGAUUUACGAGUGAUUUUAAAAAGAUUUAUGAUCAAGCUCGAUCAAAUGCUCGUAAAGCUAAAUAG